GAAAUGUGUUUUCUGAGCAACCAUGAGAUGGGACACAGCGAUGCUGUGUGAUAGCUGGGUACUCAGCUUUCCUGAAAGAUGCCAUCUGCCUGGAGCGAGAAUGGGCUGUGACAUACAGGUGCCCCGAGGGACCCUGCUGUGGCAGCGGCAGGCAUUAACGAGCAGGCAUAAGGGGCCACUCCCUGCCAGCGUGCCCUCUGCAGCCACAGCCACUGUCCUUGGCACCAGGAGCAGAAGGGCCCUUCUUCUGGACCCAGGAGGCCUGGGCCCCUCUGUGCUGACACUCCGGAGAGGCCCAGAGCCACACUGCUGCCGGCCGACUAUGCUCCGGACCCUCGGGCUAGCCCUGCUGGCUCUGGUCAGUGCCGUGGGCAUGAGCCAGGCCAGUGGCUUCACAGACAAAGGCCUGUCCUUGCUGAGCUACUGGCUAUGUGACCACAGCGUGACUCGAGCGGUCCAGAAAGUGGAGACCAUGACAUCCCACCUGACCUAUGCACCCUGUGGUGGCUACCCGGGCAGACACUGCCGCAGGACUGUUUACAGGACCCAGUACCUGGCGGUGCAGGUCUCUGAGUCCAGGAACAUGGCUGAGUGCUGUGAGGGCUGCGAGCAGCUGGGUCUCUACUGUGUCCUGCCCCUGAAUCCGUCCUGGGAGUUUGCUUCAAGACCUGGGGCCUGCCCUGCAGCGGGGCUGGAAGCAUCCACCUUGCCCUGCACCCUGGACCCCGAUUGUCCCGGACUUCAGAAGUGCUGCCCCUCAUCAGGGGGCCACCGCUGUGUGGCACCCACUCCUGGAGCUCCACAGGGGAACCCGGAGGGUUUCUGGUACAAUUUGACUGUCCUGGUGAAAAUGGACUUCAAGGAACUCCAGCAGGUGGACCCCUGGCUCCUGAACCACAUGCGGCUUCUGCACUCCGUGGUCACAGGUGCCUUGCAGCCUCUGGACCCCACUGUUUAUCACCUGCAGUCGGCUGGUGGGGACACCUCGACCACCGUGUCGCGGCUGCUGCUGGGCCUGCCGCAGCUGGUGCCUGUCGCCAACGUCUCUGCGAUGUUGGCUGGCAUUGUGAAGCACGUCUAUGAAGUGAUCAGCGUCCGGGUGCAAGAUGUAAACAGAUGUUUCUUCGAUGAACUUAGUGCCUGCUACGGAGGAGAGCUGUGCUCCAACGCACGGGGCUCAUCCCAGUGCAGCUGCUGCCUGGAGUUGCCCACCUCAUCUCCCCGGAGGCUGCCCAGCAUGUGUGAAGAUUGCCCUCCCAUCAGAGACUACAUGGCCCUCAACGUCACCAGCAGCAGCUUCCAAGUGUCUUGGAGUUUAAAUUCCACCCGGAACCGCACUUUCCAUGUGCAGGUUUACAAGGGUGAGGAGCUCCUCAGGAGUGCCAGGACCGGGGAGAUGACCCUGGAGGUGGCUGGGCUGGAGGCCGGAGUGCUGUAUGGGGUGAGGACCAGCUACCAGGUGUGUGGGGCCCACGUCACCACCGUGCUGACUGUCAGAACCGAGGCCAGGGCAUUCGAGGUCAUGGUAAGGAUCCUGGACCGCAAUGUGACAGAACAGCUGCUCAACCGCAGCCAUCUGGAGUUCCAGGACUUUUCUCGGCAACUGCUGCUCGAGGUUGAAAAAUCCUUCCCACCGGCCAUUUUUGACUUGCUCCGAAGAGGGAAGCUAAGGCUGCAGAUCAUGUCUCUCCAGGCUGGCAGCGUGGUCGUGAGGCUCAGGCUGGUGGUGUGGGACACUGGGUUCCCCGUGAGUGUCUCCACGUUGGCCCCCAUGCUCCCGCCUCUGUGGGCAAGUGCCGUGUUCCAGAUUGACCAGCGGGGCACACUAGUGCAAGAUUGGGACGAGUGUGCACACAGCCGAGAGCAUGACUGCUCCCCAGCUGCCCAGUGUGUCAACCUGGAGGGCUCCUACACCUGCCGGUGCCUGACGGCCAGGGACACCAACCCCUCCCGAGCAGGCCGGGCCUGUGCAGGUGACAUGGUGAGCACCGUGUCUCCAGUGACGGGGGCAACAGCCUCAGCUUCCAGCACAGAAACAACAGCCCUGGGCCUGGAGACCCCCGCCCGGUCAUCCAGCCCUGAGCUCACGUGGGGCACCCCUGCAGCAGGCCAGCCCCAGACCCCAGGGUCCCCUCCGUGGAGAGGGGGCAGUGGCGUGGUUGGGCAGGACAGGUAUGGCACAGGGGAAGGCGUGGAGGAGCAGGUGCCCAGCACAGCCCCAGGGCUGGGGACAGAGCAGCGGACGGCCAGCAUGGCUCCCCAGCCAGCCCACAGCUCUCCUUCUGGGGCCACGGGCAGCCCCCCAGAUCCCCUUGGAUGGUUGUUGGGAAGCUCCACGAUGGAGCUGCCCCUCUGGCCCACCCCUACCGAGGGCCCCACAGGUCAUGUUGAGUGGCACACCAGCCUCCCUGCUCGCGAUGCACCGCCAGCACCUCUGGACCCCACACAGCUGCAAGAUGUGGACCUCAGACCCUCUGGAUUCCCAGACCUGGCCUUGGCCCCCACCUCUGGGUCUCUGAGCUCCCUGGCCUGUGUUCCUGUACCCAUUGGAAGGGUCACAGUCUCUAAUGUGACCAGCACCAGCUUUCACAUGGCAUGGGUGGCAGAUCUCACCCUUCACCCCACUUUUGGACUCACCCUGGUUUCCAUGCAGAGACCCACUGUGCACCUGGAUACCUGGAAUACAAGUCUGAUACUUUCAGGCCUGGAACCUGGCAUCUUGCACUUGGUGGAGAUAGUAGCCAAAGCAUGUGGGCAAGAAAGUGCCCGAGUACUCCUGAAAGUGAGGACAGCGGCCCAGAAACUCACUGGAAAAGUCAGAAUUGCAAACAUCAGGUAUCUAGAAUCCUUCCACAACGCAAGCAGCAAGGAGUAUCAGGACUUUCUAGAGCUGUUCUCCAGGGUGGUACGAAAUUCCCUGCCAGCCACCAUGCUUCAGCUCGUGGACACCGGCAGGGUCAAGGUGAAAGUGACCACCAUCACCAAUGGCAGUGUUGUGGUGGCAUUUGAUCUGCUGAUCACCACAGAUGUGAAUGCCUGGGAGGUGUCUGCUGCCUUCCUCGGCGCCUUUCAGAACACCUCUCUGCUGGAGGUGGUCAGAGAGGACACCUUCAUACAGGAUUACGAUGAAUGUGAGGGCCAGGAGCACGACUGUGAGCCAGGGGCAUCCUGCCUCAACACCUUCGGGUCAUUCACCUGCAGCUGCAUGGGAGGUGCCCCUGACCUCCCUGUGGAAUAUUUUGGAAGACCCUGUGAAGGUGGCUCUCCUGGCAGUGCAACCCAAGACCCUGGGUCCUCUCUGGCCCCUGGCCCUGAGCAGCCCCUCACCCCAGCAGGAACUAGGGCUGCUUCUGUGCCAAGUGCCCACCUGGCCUCCCAGAGCCUGCCUGAGCGACUGAACCUGACCGGAGCGGUCAGAGUGCUCUGUGAGCUUGAGAAGGUGGCCAUUGCCAUCCAGAGACGCUUCCUGAAGCAGGAAUUCAUCCCCGAGUCCUCCCUGUACCUGGGCCACCCAUCCUGCAAUGUGAGCUACCGCAACAGCACGCAUGUGCUCCUGGUGGCCGGGUGGACCGAGUGUGGAACCGUCGUGCAAAGUAACACGACGGACACGGUGGUGAGGACCACACUGAGGAAUGACCUGUCCCCGGAGGGCAUCAUCCGCCACCUGAAGAUCCUGGGCCCCAUCCGCUGUGCCUUCCGGAACGACCUCCUGAUGUCGUCCGGGUACACCCCGGAGUGGGGGGUUUACACCAUCAUCGAGGACCUCCACGGCGCUGGAAAUUUUGUCACUGUAAUGCAAGCAUUUAUUGGAGACUCCCCUAUACCUCGGAACUAUAGUGUGUCUGCCAUCGAUGACGUCAAGAUAGAAGUGGGGCUCCAUAGGUUGCAGAAAAGCAACCUCAAGGUGGUGCUGACUGAGUGCUGGGCCACACCAUCCAGCGAUGCCAGGGACCCGGUCAUGUUUGGCUUCAUUAACAACAGCUGCCCCAUCCCCAAUACACAUACAAAUGUGAUCGAGAAUGGGAAUUCCAACAAGGCCCAGUUCAAGCUGAAAAUCUUUUCCUUCAUCAACAACUCCAUCGUCUACCUGCACUGCAAACUCCGCAUCUGCAUGGAGUCGCCUGGGGCCACAUGCAAAAUAAAUUGCAAUGAUGUUCAGUCGCUGAGGCGUGGUGAGGAACCCACAAUACACCAGGCAUCCUGGGGACCCCUCGUUCGGGCUGAAGGCGAGCCUCCAGGUGCGGAGUCGGGCCUGGGAGCUGGUCACCUCGUCCUCAUCGCAGUGGCCAUCUUGGCCUUGGUGGCGGGCACAGCUGCCCUGCUCGUCAUGCGUUACCGGAGAAUGGCCAGGAAGUACAGCUUCAAAACCCAGUCCAACAACUUCAGCUACCAGGUGUUCCAUGAGUAGGAGGCCUGGCUGGCCAGAAAGGCAGCUGUUAAUCAAGCAUCCAGCACUGACAGAAGCCUGCUCGGUUCCACAUCUAGAGCCUGGGUGAGCCCCAGAGAUGAAACCACAGCCUUGACUGACCCCAGGAGGCCCAUCACCUGUGUAGGUCCCAGACGAGCAACACCUACCAGGCGGGUGAGAGGAGCUGGCAGAGAAGUGGGCAGGGUACCGGGGACGUCCAGUGCUCUAGACCAAGCCUGAAUGCAGCUCUGCCAUGACCCAGAUCACCUCUACAACCCCAGAGCUCUCAGACCCUUUACUAUCCUAACCUCAAGUGGCCCUUCCUGGUUUGCUUGCUGUUGACAUCUAGUGCCUACCACCCACCCAUCCAUCCAUCCACCCACCCUCCCACCCAUCCAUCCAUCCAUCCAUCCAUCCAUCCAUCCAUCCAUCCAUCCAUCCAUCUAUCCACCCACCCAACCAUCCACCCAUCCACCCAUCCAUCCACUCAUUCAUCCAUCCAUCUUACCAUUCAUUUGUCCAUUCAUCUGACACUCUUUGUCAAAUACAUAUUUCACAUUUUCAAAGAUAUUUGAAAAAUGCACUUCAAGUUCCUUUAACAAUGGGCCAGUCGUAAACACUGCUAAUGUUAUUUUUAGUGUACGUAUAUGCUCUUUAACUUUUUCCUGCAUUGCCAGGAUAGUUUUUAUCUACACAACAGUGAUUUAAAAGACACUAUUAAUACAAAAUUUUUUAUAGUAAGUAGAGAUAACAUUAUACACACAUCACUGUUAAAUUUUUCCAAAUAUUUUCACAGCCAUUUAAAAAUAUAAUCUUACCACAGGGAUGAUAACUGAUUACCCAUUACACAUGGGAAACCAGAAAAGGGAUGGGUGAGUCAUUUAUGUAAGGUCACAAAAUGAAUUAAUGGGGAAACGGAUCUAGAAUCUAAAUAUUUUAAUUUAAAAUUUUCUCCAUUACACUGUGCUAACAGAUAAUGCCUUUUACUUUAUUUAAAACAAAUUCAAUUAUAUUUGAUAACUAACACCUGAGAGAAUAGUGCUUUUUCCUGAUAGGCUUAGAUAGAACUAUAAUGUGGUCUUAGUUUUUAAUUUGUGAGAUUAAUUUUGUUGAAUAUAAUUAACUGCCACUCAUCCAUUAAUACAGAACAUUUGGGAAAUGAAACUAUCUUGAUGUAUAGUCUCAGAGUCAGCAAAGAUCAUCAUAUGUAAUAUGUGUGGCUAACUGACUUUGAACAAGUAGAAUAAAUUGCGUUUGACAUUGAAACACGACGUGCUGACUGCUCUGUUGGGCUCAGUUGUUGUCAUGGGCUCACCUGGCGUCCACGGGGCUGGGCGCUGUGCUGGGUGCUGGGGAGGCCAGGAAGGAGUCUCUGGCUCUUCUUGAGCGUCGUCCAUUUGUUCUGAUAUUGGCUCAGAACCUGUCACUUGCCUUUCUUAAAAAAGAGUACAUGUUUAGUUUGCCCAGGUUGUGAGCCCUAUGACAGUCCCCCAAACAAGCCUCCCACAUUUGGGAAGUCUCACUUCACAGCUGAGGAAGUGUAGAUGACACGCAGCUCCUCAGAGUGGGACAGCUGGGAAGUGGAGGCGCUGGAACGGAGGCCGCAGAGGGCUGCUGUGGUGCAAGCUCCCGUCCAGCAGCUGUGCGCGGGGUGGGGGUGGGGAGGGCACUGAACAGGACACCCACAUUCUCCCUGUGCUCAUCUAAAUCUUGCAACAAUCCUGAGUUAGCAGCGGCAAAUCCAUUUCACAGAUAGCCAAACUGAGGCCAAAAAUUUAAGCGACUGGUCCGAGCACCUCAGAAUGGAAAUCCAACGUUCUCCCUCCUGGUUCAGGCCCUUCCUGUUACUCCAGAGAAGACCUGGUUGGUUCACUGGUGAGGAACGGGAAGGAGGGCCUUUGAGGACCUUGCAACUCAGGGGCUCUGGGAAAGACCCCCAGGAGCUCUCCCAGGCGGGUGGGGCUCGGUGAGCUGAGAUUCUGGAUCCCUGGAAGUUCCCACGUUCAGAGAGCGCCUGCAGCCCCAGGCCUUCCCGGCUCGGGAUCCUAGGCUGUGAUUCCCAGUGCGGGGGAGGGUCCCGUGGAGGCGGAGCCACCGGUGGAAGUGGAGUCACCUGUGCCCACUCCGCACACCCUGGCUUGGGCUGCGCUGCGCCAAGCCCCCGCCAGAUGGCGCCGCAGACCAGGGCGGGAGGUCCGUUUCCGCACCGACCACAGCCUUGCUUCUCUAGUGGGUUCUUUUUUUGGCUGAUUUUGUGCCUCUUGUCUGCAAACAAAGGGGAAUUGGAAGUCGUUCCCGGGGCACGUGUCUACUGGGCUGGUGCCCCGGGGUCCCUGGAAACAGCUCAGGAAAUGCUACUGGUCUCAGGGUGGACGGCCGGGCCGCCUUCAGAGCGGUCUGUCAGCUUUUCCUUUAUGUAUUUUGGAAGCUCUGUAAUUAGAACACCCAACAGAGCAGCUCAUCAUAGGAAGCAAAGAGGGGUAAAGCCAUUUAGGGAGACGGCACCUUAACUACCCAUCUUAUUCAGCCAUCACAAUGGUACUCUUCUUUUUCCCAUUCUACUGAUGAAGACUGAGGCUUUGAGUGCUCAGGACCAGCACAACACCACAGAUGGAUAGUGAUGGGGCUGUCACCCCACCCCACUGUCACUGUCUGCAGAUGCCUGGGUGUGUGUGCACACACGUGUGCAUGUGCACACACACACUUCUAGGAAGGAGGAAGAGCAUCACCCUGUCCCUCUGCACCUUCUCAGGUUGACAGUUGACAAAGGAUGGUCCCAAAGGCUCCCUUGCCUUGCAGCCGGGUUGUCUGGUCCCGUGUCCUCCCGUUCCUGCUGGAAGCUCCUCCACCCACGUUUCACUCCCCACAGUCCACGUGAUGUCUACUCUCUGCCACAGUUUUGGUCCAAGGUCACUUCAUCCAGACAGGCCUCAUUGAGGACUGUCCUGUGAUUUAAAGAAGCUAACCUUUGCAUUUUGAGAUAAUUACAGGUUCCCAUGCAGUUGUUUACCUAUUUUCCCCCAGUGGUAACAUGUUACAAAACCGUAAAGCCAUACACAGCCAGGAUGUUGAUACUGUUACAGUCCAGAUACAGAACAUCCCAUCCUGGAAGCAUCCUUCAUGCCCUUUUAUAGCCACACCCUCUCUCUGUCCAUCCCAUCCUCUCCCUAACCUCUGAUAAUCACAAACCUGUUCUCUAUUUGAAUAAUUUUGUCAUUUCAAGAAUGUUACAUGAAUGAAGUCACACCAUAUACAGCUCUCUGGAGAUCCACCAGGUUGUUGCAUGCCUUACUAGGUCCUUCCUUUUUAUUGCUGAAUAGUGUUCCAUGGUGUGGAUGGACCACAGUGUGAUUAAUGAUUCGCUUGUUACAGGACAUCUGAGUUGUCUGCAGUAUUAUAAGUAAAACUGCAGUAAACAUUUGCAUACCCAAUUUUGUAUGAAUGUAAGUUCUUAUUUCUCUGGGAUAAAGGUCUAGGAGUACAGUUACUGGGUCAAAUGAUAGUUGCAUGUUCAGUUUUUUUUAAAGAAACUGCCAGACUGUUUUCUAGAGUGGCUGUACCUUUCAUAUUUCCACCGGCAAUGUGCUAGCAAUCCAGUUAAUCUGCAUCCUCCAAUUUGGUGUUGCACUAUUUUUUAUUUUAACCAUUCUGGUAAGUGUUUAUGCCACCUAAUUGUGAUUUUACUUUGCAUUUCUCUAAUGGUUAAUGAUGCUGAACUUCUGUUCAUGUGCUUAUUUGCUAUCUAUAUGUCUUUUUCAGUGAAAUGCCUGUUCAUGUCUUUUGCCCAUUUUCUAAUUGGUUUGUUUGAUUUUUUUCGCUGUUGAGUUUUGAGAGCUCUUUCUAUACUUGAUACUAGUUUUUGUUGGAGAUGAGAUUUAUAAGUAUUUUCUCCCAGUUGGUAACUUGUCUUUACAUCUUUUAAAUAUGGUCUUUCUCAGAAUCAAAGUUUUUCAUUUUGAUGUAGUCCAAUUUAUUAUUUUUAUUUUAUGCAUUGUUUUGAUGUUUAAGAACUCUUUGCCUGAACCUAGAUCCCAAAGAUUUUCUCCUGUUUUUUUUCCUAAAAGAUUUGUUGUUUUACCUUUAAAUCCAUGAUUCAUUUUGAGUUAAUUUUUGCAUAAGGCAUGAGACUUAGAGGUUUUUUUUCUGCCUAUGGGUGUCUCAUUGUUUCAGCAUCAUUUGUUGAAAAAACUAUUCUUCCUCCACUGAAGUGCUUUGUAUCUACAUCAAAAAUCAGUUGGGCAUAUUUGUGUGGGUAUAAUUCCAGAUUUUCUCUCUGCUCCUUUGAUCUCUGUGUCUGUCCCUUUGCCAAUAACAAACAAUACUGAUGACUAUAGCCAUAAUUAUUCUUGAAAUUAGAUAGACCAACUUUUUUCUUUCAUAAUAUUUUAACUGGUGUAAUUCCUCUGCCUUUCUAAAAUUUUUAGACUAAUUUUGUUUAUGCCUACAAAAAUUCUUGCUAGAAUUUGAAUAAGAAUUGCCUCAAAUUUGUAUAACAUGGUGAUAAGUAACAUCUUUAUUAUAAGUGUUCCAAUCCAUGAACAUGAUGUAUCUCUCCAUUUUAAAAUAUCUUGUUUGAUUUUUUUCAUCAGCAUUUUAUAGUUUUCCAUAUACAAGCUCUGUACAUAUUUUUGCUAGAUUUACACCUAAAUAUUUACUUUUGUUAGAACAACUGUAAAUGAUAUAAUAUUUUUAAUUUUGGUGUCCAUAUGUUCAUUGCUAAAAUAGAGAAAUAAAAUUUACGUUUGUAUGUUUA